UUUGAAAAUAUAACUUUAAAUUAGUUUCUGAAUUCAUAAUUUGUGAGCAUGUCAGUGCUACCACGUGGAUACGAAUGUUCGAGAGCCGCACCUAGGUACGGAUGUGUGAAGGGCGAGUACAGCAUCUACUACAAGAGGCCUUGCUACGGCCAACCCCGUCCUCAGCCGUUUCAGAAAGAAGUAGUUCCUUAUAACGGUGAACCGAGCAACGCACCUAGGGAAAGGCCAUGCUGUUACGAUUUUCCGUGCAAAGCACAUUGCUUUAACCACGGUCCAGCUACGAGGCCUAGUGGUAGGUACGCAAGGACAAACUGGUACCCUGGCGAAUGCUGUCCUUCAGUACCCCCGUGUCAAGCUUUUACGUAUCCCAACCCGCCUUAUCAUCCCUGUUGCGCUUACACCGUGAACAAAUACGUUUAACUUUUAAUGUGAUAUACUGAGCGAGGGUGAGAUUUGUUGAGGAAGUGCUUGAUAAAUGCUCAAAGUGUGAAACUUAGGACUUCCGCGUUCAUCUUAAUACAGCAAACUUGACCUGGUAUUGGCCUGUGGCGGUUUUAUUCACGAGGAGUUGAAACUGUCCAGGCUUGUUAUUUGGGGUCGUGAAAUGGAGUAUGCGAAUUGGUGUCCGCCCUGGACUAUAAAUUCAAAUUUAUUUAUUCCGCAAUUGGUUUACAAAAAA